AUGGAGGCUAGAUUUGGAAGCGAAGCUCAUCGUUUCUAUGCUAUGAACCCCGCAGAUAUGCGGGCAGUUGGGAAGAGAGCUUUAGAAUGGGAUUUGAAUGAUUGGAAAUGGGAUGGUGAUCUUUUCAUUGCUAGCCCUUUGAAUCCGGUGCCAUCAACCAGUAUGAGUAGGCAAUUUUUCCCUCUUGGGGUUGGGACAGGAAUUCCGGCCACUGGGAAUUCGUCCAACAGUUCAUCCUCAUGCUCCGAUGAAGUGAAUCUGGGAGCUGAGAAAGGAAAGAGGGAAUUGGAGAAAAGGAGAAGGGUUGUUGUCAUUGAUGAUGACAAUUUGAAUGAUCAAGAAACUGGUGGCCUUAGUUUAAAGCUUGGUGGUGAAAGGGUUACCGGAAAUUGGGACGGAAGCAGUGGAAAGAAGACUAAAUUAGUUGGGGGUGGCUUGAGCCGUGCUGUUUGUCAGGUGGAGGAUUGUGGGGUUGAUCUGAGCAAUGCCAAGGACUAUCACAGGCGGCAUAAGGUUUGCGAGAUGCAUUCCAAGGCUAGCAAAGCUCUCGUGGGAAAUGUUAUGCAGCGUUUCUGUCAGCAGUGCAGUAGGUUUCAUGUCCUUCAAGAGUUCGAUGAAGGGAAGAGAAGUUGUCGUAGACGCCUGGCUGGCCACAAUAAAAGGAGGAGGAAGACAAAUCCCGAUGCUGUUGGCAAUGGAAGUUCGAUGAGUGAUGAUCAGACCAGUGGCUAUCUGUUAAUAAGUCUCUUGAGGAUACUCUCAAACAUGCAUUCCAAUAGAUCGGACCAGACAACUGAUCAGGAUCUGUUAUCUCAUCUUUUAAGGAGCCUUGCAAGCCAUGGUGUUGAACAUGGAGGAAGAAACAUAUUUGGACUAUUGCAGGAACCUCGAGAUUUGAGCACAUCAUUUGGAAAUUCUGAGGUAGUCUCAACUUUACUCUCAAAUGGUGAAGUCCCCUCAAAGCCUUUAAAACAUCAUCUGACAGUAUCUGUGUCUGGUAUGCUGCAGCAAGUUAUGCGUGUGCAUGAUGCUAAUGGUGCAAACAUACAGACUGCUUCUUCUUUGAAACCUAGCAUUCCAAACAACUGUGCAACAUAUUCAGAAGUUCGAGAGAGUACAGCAGGGCAGGUCAAGAUGAACAAUUUUGAUUUGAAUGACAUUUAUAUUGACUCAGAUGAUGGCACUGAAGAUAUAGAGAGAUCGCCUGCUCCUGUGAAUGCAAGGACUAGCUCCCUCGAUUGCCCUUCAUGGGUACAACAAGACUCCCAUCAGUCAAGUCCACCUCAGACAAGUGGAAAUUCAGAUUCAGCUUCCGCGCAGUCACCUUCUAGUUCCAGUGGAGAAGCUCAGAGCCGCACAGAUCGAAUUGUUUUGAAAUUAUUUGGGAAAGAACCAAAUGCUUUUCCCCUUGUCCUUCGAGCCCAGAUUCUGGACUGGCUAUCUCAUAGUCCCACUGACAUUGAAAGCUACAUUAGGCCUGGUUGUAUCAUUCUGACCAUUUAUCUUCGUCAAUCUGAGGCUGCAUGGGAGGAACUUUGCUGUGACCUUCGCUCCAGUUUGAGCAGACUUCUGGAUGUAUCGGACGACGCUUUCUGGAGAACUGGAUGGGUCUAUAUUAGGGUGCAACAUCAAAUAGCAUUUGUUCAUAAUGGUCAGGUCAUUGUUGAUACAUCCUUGCCUUUCAGAAGCAACAGCUAUAGCAAAAUUUUAAGUGUCAAGCCAAUUGCUAUAUCUGCAUCCGAGAAAGCUGAAUUUUUAAUUAAGGGCAUCAACUUGUCUCGGCCUGCCACAAGAUUACUCUGUGCUGUAGAAGGGAAUUAUAUGGUUCAAGAAAAUACUCAGGAGUUGAUUGAUGGUGUUGAUAACUUCAAAGGUCAUGAUGAGGUCCAAUGCGUAAACUUUUCUUGCUCUCUAACUGCAGUGACUGGAAGAGGAUUCAUUGAGAUUGAAGAUCAUGGUUUUAGCAGCAGCUUCUUUCCUUUCUUAGUUGCAGAGGAAGAUGUAUGCUCAGAGAUCCGCAUGCUUGAGGGUGCAUUGGAGUUUACUGAAACAGAUGCAGAUUUUGGGGAAACUGAAAAAAUGGAAGCCAAAAAUCAAGCGAUGGACUUCGUUCACGAAAUGGGUUGGCUUCUUCACAGAAGCCAGUUAAAGUCUAGAUUGUGCCACUCGGAUCCUAAUACGGAUCUCUUCCCUUUAAGAAGAUUCAACUGGCUAAUGGAGUUCUCCAUGGACCAUGAAUGGUGUGCUGUUGUGAGAAAACUCUUGAACAUAUUGCACAACAGAAUUGUUGGUACUGGAGAGAACUCAUCUCCGAAUGAAGCAUUAUCAGAAAUGGGCCUUCUUCACAGAGCUGUUAGAAGGAAUUCUAGGUCUCUUGUGGAGCUCCUAUUAAGAUAUGUUCCUGAGAAAUUUGGAUCCAAAGAAAAGGCAUUGGGUGAUGGAAGCCAUGAAAACAUUUUGUUUAGGCCAGAUGUCACAGGCCCUGCCGGUUUAACACCUCUUCACAUUGCAGCUGGUAAAGAUGGUUCUGAAGAUGUACUGGAUGCUUUAACUGAAGAUCCCGGAAUGGUGGGUAUUGGAGCAUGGAAGAAUGCCCGUGACAGCACAGGCUUCUCGCCUGAAGAUUAUGCUCGCUUGCGUGGCCACUACUCGUACAUCCAUCUGGUGCAAAAGAAAAUUCACAGGAGACAAGCUGUUGGGCAUGUGGUGCUUGACAUCCCUGACGAUCUCUCAAACAGUAACAACAUCAAUGAGAAGCAAAAUGAAGGAUUGGCCAGUGGCUUUGAGAUUGGACAUCCAGCAUUGAGACCCAUUCAGCGCAACUGCAAGUUUUGCAGUCAGAAGGUGGUUUAUGGAACAGCCAGCAGGUCUCAUUUGUACAGGCCCGCAAUGCUCUCAAUGGUGGCAAUUGCUGCAGUUUGUGUGUGCGUGGCUCUUUUAUUCAAGAGUUGUCCUGAGGUUCUGUAUGUGUUCCGUCCCUUCAGGUGGGAGUUGUUGGACUACGGAACAAGCUGA